CUUUGAGGUCAUUUUUCCAUACUCAAAAUCUUUCAGUGUUGAUGCCGUAUGCCUUUGCUCUUGAAAGAAUUUGUAGCGCCGUCUUGUAUAACAAUUUGAAAACCAUCUUUGAAUUUAAUCUGAUUGAUCUCAACGUUUGUUUUCGAAGGCCUCACUACUAUAAAAGCAAAUGUCUACUUGAUGCUUGAAGAUAUCUAUUAUGCUAUAGAUGACGCAUUCUUGGCAUUAAGUGGUAAGAGGAUGUCUCUGAAAAGUAAACAGGUGUUCCACUACGUAUUCACGUUGCUGCUGUGCUCGCCAUGUGUUCAUAUUGGUUAUAUAAUGUCGGUGUUUUCUAGUGUGAUCCGAGCUUAUGCUCCUGAUUCUGUUUCAAUUACAAAGAAAACCAGCUAGUGAACAACAUUUUACAUACAAUUGAAAACGGUAUAAUUGUGAUCGGGUUUUGCUUUAGCAGUUAAACAAGUUGAAAGCAGAUUUGAAACAGACAUGAAAUAUACACGAGUCGUGAUACACACAUGUGCUUGGUAGUUGCAUCCCCACCAGUAGCACGACAAUUGAGAGCAGAGACUUACUCAAUGAUCAUU